CCCCCCCUUUUUCUCUAGCUCUCUCCCUGUCUCUCUCUCUCUCUCUCUUACUUUCUCGCUCGUGCGUUUUUGUGACUAGCUGGAUAGGCCAGUGCUCAGAGAUUUAAAAAGUGGUUAGAAUCACAAGCUUCAAAGUGAAGUAUUUCUUGUCUUCUAUGCCCUGCUGCCUGCAAUCAUCUGCUACUUAGGGGGGGUCACUGCCAAUUUUAGCAAUUUUUUUUUUUUUGUUCUUCAUGGAAUCUGAAUUGGAACCCAUGCCUAUUGGGUCGCAGAAACGCGACCUGGCUUGGAAGCAUUGUCAGAUGUUUAAGAUUGAAAAUCGGAUUCGACUGAAGUGUAUCUAUUGUGGUAAAAUGUUUUCUGGUGGGGGAAUCCAUAGAAUUAAAGAACACUUGGCUGGACAGAAAGGUAAUGGAGCUACUUGUCCAAGAGUGCAUCCUGAUGUGAGGCAUAUAAUGAGGCAAAGCUUAGAUGGGUCAAUGGUGAGAAUGAAGAAGAAACAAAAGAUUGCGGAAGAAACUGCUAAUCAGCUUAUGAUUACUAAUGAGGUAGAAGCGUAUAACCCUCACUGUGAAGCAAUCACAGGACUCCAAUUGCUUGCAGCUCCCAAUUCAGGUGAAACGAAUUUGGGUUUGUCAGCAAAGGAAGAAGAAGGAAUGACUGAUAGAAGUUCAGAAAGAUGGAAAAGAGGGGCAGUUGGAGACCCUUCUUCGGCUCCUCUGGUUACUCAUCCUAUUAGAGAACUCACUUUAGGAUUAACAAGGGGGAAGGAUCAAGUCCAUAUGGCAAUAGGUCGGUUUCUAUACGAUGCUGGGGUGCCUCUAGAUACAGUAAACUCUGUCUAUUUUCAACCAAUGGUCGAUGCGAUUGCAUCGGAAGGACCAGGGUUCAAACCACCAUCAUAUCAUGAUCUUCGGGGUUGGAUUUUGAAGAAUUCAGUUGAAGAAGUAAACAAAGUUGUAGAUCAGUACAAGGGAACAUGGGGACGGACUGGAUGCUCUGUCCUGGCUGAUGAAUGGACUGUGGAAGCUGGUAAAAUUUUGAUAAACUUCCUGGUUUAUUGUCCUGAAGGAACAAUGUUUCUGAAAUCAGUUGAUGCGUCGGACAUAAUUAGAUCACCAAUCGCUCUAUAUGAACUGCUUAAAGAAGUGGUGGAGGAUGUUGGAGUGCAACAUGUAUUGCAGGUGAUUACUGAUAGUGCAGAGAACUAUAUUGAAGCUGGGAGAUUGUUGACAGAGACCUUCCCCACUAUUUAUUGGACCCCGUGUUCUGCUCGUUGCAUUGAUUUGAUGCUCGAGGAUUUUGGAAAAUUUGAGUGGAUAAAUGCAACUCUGGAGCAAGCCAAAUCAAUAACGAGGUUUGUAUAUAAUCAUGUUGAGGUUUUGAAUAUGAUGCGAAGGUAUACAUAUGGGAAAGAUUUAAUACAGCCAGCAAUCACCCGCUCUGCAACAAACUUUACAAUUUUGCAGGGCAUGGUUAGUCUUAAAAAUAGUUUGCAGGCAAUGGUUACUUCACAGGAAUGGAUGGAUAGCCCAUACCCGAAAAACCCAGAUGGACUUGCAUUGAUUGAUGUCAUUUAUAGUCAGGCUUUUUGGUCUUCAUGCGUCACUAUCAUCCGUUUGACAGAUCCACUGUUGCGAGUUUCAAGAAUUGUUGGAAGUGAGAGGAGGCCAGCAAUGGGAUACAUUUAUGAGGCAAUGUACCGAGCCAAAGAAGCAAUAAAAAAGGAACUGGUUGAGAAGAAGGAUUAUCUGGCAUACUGGAAUGUUAUUGAUCACAGGUGGAACAGGCAACUUCACCGUCCUCUUCAUGCAGCAGGUUUCUACCUGAAUCCCAAGUGUUUUUAUAGCAUUGAAGGAGAUGUACCUAAUGAAAUCAUGUCGGGGAUGUUGGAUUGUAUUGAAAGAUUGGUACCUGACACGAAGAUCCAAGAUAAAAUCACUAAAGAGUUGACCUCAUACAAGAAUGCUGUUGGGGAUUUAGGGCGAAAGAUGGCCAUUAGAGCUAGAAAUACUAUGCUUCCAGUCGAAUGGUGGUCUACUUAUGGAGGAGGUUGCCCGAGUUUGGCACGCUUGGCCAUACGUAUUCUUAGCCAAACUUGCAGUGCAAUUGGUUUCAAGCAAAGUCAGAUUUCUUUCAGACAAAUCCACCACCAGAGGAGAAACCACAUCGAGCAUCAAAGGCUUAGUGACCUCAUUUUUGUUCAACACAAUUUGCGAUUGCGGCAAAUGCUACAUAGGAAGAAUAAAGAACUGGAUGCUUUAGAUCCCAUCUCCUUUGACACAAUGGGUACCAUUCAGGACUGGGUAACUGAAAAGGAAAAACUCUUAGCAGAAUAUGGAGGUUCAGAUUGGAAGGCACUUGUCCAGCCUGCAGCUAACACUAUGUUGGCUGUCUCUCCAAAUGAUGAGACUGAAGGCUUGGUUGCAGGAUUUGAAGAUGAUGAGAUUCACAAUGGUGUGAAAGAUGAUGGCGAUAAUGACACUGAGAACCAGUUGGAAGAUGAUGGCGAUGGGGACCUGGGAGACCAAACAUGAUUGUCCUAUCAAUGGUGCGUAGUUUAGCUGGUUUAAACAAAUUAACGUAAAUAAUGUGUUUAUGGUUGGGUUCAAUGGUUGAAAUUCUUAAGAAGCUCAGAGUCAUGUUGAAUUUUGAUUGUUAAUUAACCUGUUUAUUGAUUUAUGAAUGAUUUCUUUUUUGUCUUAUCAGAAUCUGAUCAUUCUAGCCUUGAAACUUGAGUAACAGGAAAGUGAAAGCAUCUGGAAAUGUAUGGCUGUUAAAA